UCAAACAACGCAGUGUUGAAGAAGCAAUGCUGAUCUUGAAGCAAUAUUUUUAGAAAAUACUAAAGUAGGAAAGGGCGUCUUUCCCCUAAUGAAAAUUAAUGCUUCUGACGAAAAUGAAUUUAGACUGAAGUUGCUAGGACUUGAAUUUAAUGCAAUGAACCACACCAAAAUUAUUGGCAACAGCACAAUUAUUGUCAGAUUCAAUAUGCAACAUUUCAAGAUAACAAAUCUUAUCAUACUGUGUAAUAUGAUUGUGUUUGGAUGCAUCUUGCAAGAUGUGAUUCCUGUAGAAAUGAGGUAUUUCAUGGUUAUGAUCUUUACUGAGGGAUCUUUAUGAUGCUUAUGGUUUGGCAU